AUGAGUACGGAACAUCCGGCAGCGGGUGAGCUGCUGGCCAAUGCUACUGCUGCCACGGUCGCCGCCGUUAGCAGCACGGCCAAGGCGAACAUAGCGGUGCGCGUGACGGAGGCCCCCGCCGCGGCACUGGCGAUCGAUCCGAUCAUCAACCAUGUCGGGGACGGUAUUUUCCUGCAGGCCAAGACGGCCCAAAUCUUUGCCGGUAUCUGCGUCUGGAUGGCACUGUUCAUCACUUGUCAGCAGAUCUAUCAACACCUUCGAUGGUACACAAACCCACAGGAACAACGAUGGAUCGUCCGAAUACUGUUCAUCGUACCGAUCUACGCCACGUACUCCUGGGUCAGCUUACUGUUCUUCAACUCGGAAAGCGUCUAUGUAUACUUCUUUACCGUGCGCGAUUGCUACGAAGCUUUCGUAAUCUACAACUUCCUUUCGCUCUGUUACGAGUACCUGGGCGGUGAGGGCAACAUCAUGUCGGAGAUCCGCGGCAAGCCGAUCAAAUCGUCCUGCCUGUACGGAACGUGCUGCCUGGCGGGUAAAACGUACACGAUCGGAUUCCUGCGCUUCUGCAAACAGGCCACGCUGCAGUUCUGUCUGGUGAAACCGCUGAUGGCGUUUAUUAUCAUCUUUCUGCAGGCAUUCAAUCACUAUCACGAUGGUGACUGGAGUGCUGACGGAGGCUACAUCUACAUCACCGUCAUCUACAACAUCUCCGUUUCGCUGGCACUGUACGGUUUGUACCUGUUCUACUUUGCCACCCGAGACCUGCUGACGCCAUUCGAUCCGGUGCUAAAGUUCUGUACCGUAAAAUCCGUUAUCUUCUUGUCCUUCUGGCAAGGUGUGGGGCUAGCUAUUCUGGAAAAGGCGGAGGUCAUCUCACCGAUUGUUGACGCGGGCGGUUCCACCACGUCCGCUGGUACGGUUUCUGCUGGUUAUCAGAACUUUUUCAUCUGCAUCGAAAUGUUGUUUGCUGCUAUCGCGCUGCGGUAUGCUUUCCCGUACCAGGUGUACGCCCAAAGCUGCAUGACCGAUGCACACGGCCGAUCUGUCACGAUGCAAUCAAUUUCAAGCAGCUUAAAGGAAACGAUGAACCCGAAAGAUAUUAUGACCGAUGCGAUACACAACUUCCAUCCGCAGUACCAACAGUACACGCAGUAUAGCUCAGGUGGCAAAAACCCACGAGGCAUCCGUGUGUCGUCGUACGAUCCGGACGAUCCAAGCCAUCAGCUAACGGGCCACGGUCAGAGUCACGGUGUGGGAAGUGGUGCAACGACAGGAUCGUACAACGGUAAUGGAGCCGGUGCAGGAGGUGCAGGUGGCGGCGGUGGACAUGGUGGUAGCUAUAUCGCUCCACCGACGCUUGGCAGCCAGCGGAAGUUUAUGCCCGGUGCUAGCGUCGUACCGCAGAAGGUGUCGACGAUCAGCCAAAAUUAUAAUGAGAAAACGAUGCUACUGUCCAGUGAUGAUGAGUAUCAGUAA